AUGCCCCUCCAUGGACUGCAGCACCAUUCGCGGUCACACUCGAAUAUACACACACCCGAAACACCCGGAGCAGGAUCCACGCUAAUCCAAGCUGCUCAGGCCCUGACCGGAAUUGGUCAACCAAGCGCUGCCUCGACUAUUAGCCAACAGCAGCAGCAGCAGCAGCACUUACAGCAACCCAGCGGCGGUGGCGGUGGUGGCCUCCGUGUACAAACCUCACAAAACAAUCUCGCUGCUAAUAGCGGCCCCGGUAGUGGAGUAACAUCUAUAUACUCUGGGUCUACAGCGUCUGGGGGAGCUCUCUCUGGUACCUCUGCAGCUGGGUUGGGUUUUAGCAACAGAGAACCACCGUCGUCAUCCCUCGAUCAGCAGAAGAAGCCCACAAACCUUUCCUUCCAAUUGCCGUCCCCAACACAGGGUGGCAACCCAGGGGACCUCUACACUUCUCCCCAAGAUUUACACUAUCCGCCCCGUCCAAGCGAUCCUAUCCAGGCCCAGCAGCUCUCCUCCUCUACCCCAUCAUCUCAGCACCAGCCACAGCAGCAGCAAUACCAGGCGUAUCAUUCCCCUCAGCCUCCGUCCAGCACCAGUUCAAGGCCGCAACCGCACACAACCGCAACGGCGCUAGGCUCGGUUCCGAGAAUUAACGACCCGCUACAACAACAGCAGUCGACAAUGCACCGAACGAGCACCACAAAUGCAUCCCUCAGUCAUUCAUCCAAGUAUUCCCCGCAGCUGAACACUUCUUCGUCUUCGACGUCGAACAGAGACAACUCGGUUGUAUCCGCAGGGGGGGACCCCGGUCGGAAAUACACUCAUCCUGGAGCUCUCACACCGACUUAUCCAUCGUCCACACAGCACUCAUCGUCGCAUUCCCAUUCCGCCGCUGCACAUCUGGGUAUGGGUUUGUCGGGGUUUACUUCUCCCGCCGCUUCAACGCGGGAGCGAGAGGAGACCAGUGCCGUUGGAGCUGUGGGAAACGGGAAAUGGAUGAGCCCUUGGAGUCUUUACGCGCUGGAUUGGUGUAAAUGGCAGCCUACGAAUGGGGGUUAUGGAAGGGUGGCGAUUGGGAGUUAUGCGGAGGAUAGUCAUAAUUACGUGAGUCUCGCUUCCUUACCGGCCCCAAAAAUUCCGCUAGAUAGAGGAGCCAGUGCCAAUGCCGCGUAAGUUCGUUUUGGGCUUAACAUGGGUGCUCGGGUUCUGUAUCUUGGAAAAGCUUGGGUUGCGUGAAGGGAUACUCCCCUGCUGCAGUCAAUCACGGCGUUUCAGCGGCGGCGGCACGGAGAACAACUUUUCGGAUGAUCUUUCUGACCUGAAAUAGAUACAAAUUCUUGAUACCCGACUUGCUUCGGUCCCCAGCACACAUUCAGAUACCCCUCCACCCGCCCCAACCAUCGAAUUUUCAAAAGUGGCUGAGGCCUCACACACUUACCCCAUAACACGAAUCUUAUGGGAACCUGCCGGCUCAACAAAAGCGUCGACUGAACUUCUGGCUACCUCUGGUGACCACCUUCGCUUGUGGUCGCUCCCGAAUAGCCCAUCUACAAGUUCUUCUAACUCUGCGACUCCACAGGGAAAUUCUAUCACUCGGUCCAGCACUUUCCACACACAACCCAUCCAGAAGCUGACCCCUUUAGCUCUUCUAUCCAACAGCAAGUCCACGGAUUUUACCGCCCCUCUUACAUCUUUAGACUGGAAUCCCCUUUCACCAUCUCUGAUUAUUACCAGCAGCAUUGAUACCACCUGUACAAUUUGGGAUAUUCCAACUCUUACUGCAAAAACCCAAUUAAUUGCUCAUGACAAGGAAGUCUUCGAUGUAAGAUUCAUGAGCGGCUCUGUAGACGUAUUCGCGAGUUGCGGGGCCGAUGGGAGUGUCCGGAUGUUCGAUCUAAGGAGUUUGGAGCACAGCACAAUUAUAUAUGAACCUGGAGUAGGAAAAGGCUCUGGAGCAGAUCCCAACACCAGCUCCAAGGAAGAUGGAGGAUCACCGGUCGGUGGUGCCGGAGCAAGCCCCCCACCCUUGUUACGAUUAGCAGGUCUGGAUCCUCCCUCAUGACUUAUGCACUAGUAGUAUAUCCUGACGCAGCCAUAGCAUCGCCACAUGACCAACACCUCAUCGCAACCUUCUCCCAAGAUUCAAACCUAGUGCGAAUCCUAGACGUCCGCCAACCAGGCCAAGCCCUCAUUGAGCUAAAAGGCCACACAGGUAGCGUAAACUGCAUAGAAUGGAACCCUACAAAACGAGGGAUCAUCGCAGGAGGAGCAGACGACAGCCUAGUCCUAAUUUGGGACCUAGUAAACAACACAACCUCGCAAUCCACGGGAUCCAACGGCACCAGUGUAACACAAGAGAAGAUCCCUGUGGCGUCGUGGAAGUGCGAUUACGAGGUGAAUAAUAUCAGCUGGAGCCCAACGAGUGCAGGUACUAGUGGUGCAGGGGGAGGCGGAGGAGGGGGAAUUGGGGAUUGGUUGGGGGUACUUGGGGGGAGGGGUAUAUGGGGAGUUAAAGUA